AUGGAUUCGUCGACGAAGGGAACAGUGACGCCGUUAGCGUCUUUGUUCUCAGAGGAGGAGGCACGGAAAGCAGCAAUUUACGUGGAGGAGAAAAUCGGAGAGAAGCUGGGAGAGAUGAAUCGCCUUCAACAGUUCGUCGAUGAAAACGCCAACCUCAUCGAUCUCGUCAGGAAGCUCCCCGAUCAGCUCCAUCACAACGUUAUGGCGAGUUUUCAUCCAUUUAUUAUACCCUCCUUACAAUCUAAGUUCGUUCCAUUCGGUAAAAUGGCUUUUUUCCCAGGUCGAUUGAUCCACACCAACGAGUGUUUGGUAGGAGCGUUUUGUUAUGAUUUUCUGAAGUUUAUGAGUUUACCGGUGUUGUUGGGAGAGAAUUACUAUACUGACAGAACAUCGAAACAAACCAUUGACGUUUUGAGUAGAAGGGACAAGACUUUACAGUCCCAAAUCCGUUCCCUUAAAGCUGAGAUUGAUGAUUUUCAGACGGAGGCUUCAUUCUUCAGUACAACUGCUUCAGAAGCAGCGGAAGGACUUGUUGAGAUAAGAGAAGAGUAUGUAGAGGAAGAUUCUUCUGCCACUGUGCUUCAGCCAGGUGUAAAAGAGCCUUCUGGUCUUCCAGAAGGAGAGACUGCAGAAGAUGAAGUUAAAGACGAUGAAUUUGAAAAAAUCAUGUCCAGGUUGAAUGAGCUUGAAAUGAAAGAGCAACAGGAGGGUGAAGAUGGGGAUGAUACAGGUGAAAAACGUGAUUCCCCAAUAGAAAGCGAGGAAGAGAGCGAGCGCGAUAUGGGUAAAGGAAUUAGAGGUGAGACAGACCGCAUUUUAGACAUCAGAAAAGUAGCUUCAUUGUCAGAUUAUCAUCUCUUCUUAAGAAACAUUUUUCUAACUAGCAUUUAUGUUCUUUUAUCACCAGAAGAUCAGUCAGGUGGCGGAAUUCCUCAGCAAAACGCUGGAACAUGGAGAGAUUUUCAAGCGAGCUCCGUUGUUUCCAGAGCAAAGCCAAAGAUGAAUGAUGUAGGCCAACAAAAGAUUGAGUCACCUAUACAGACACCGGAGCCGAAGUUUGGUUCUAACAAGGCUUUUACUGGAUCGAUCGUCGAGCAUGACCAUAAUCUACAAACCAGCACCCACGGCCAAAUGCAGUCUUCAGGGUCUCAACCAUCAAAACCAGUUUCAAGAUUCAAGGCACAGAGAAGGUAG